AUGACUAGGAGAGGCCCUGUCUCCACCGAUGUCCCAAACACAGCACACUCCAGCAUCGCAGAGACGGAUGAUUUCUCGCUGGAAUUGGUCAAACAGCGUAAUAUCUUCGAGUCAGUGACAGCAGCCAGCGAUGAAUCCAAGCGCAAAAGCUACUUUGGCCUGGGUUCGACAACGCCGUCGUUUUUCCACCGUCGCAACACGGCCACCGCCAUUGCCCAACCAGACAUUCCCGCAGCGGCCCACAUCAUAGCCUUGGCCACUGAGGAUAACAUUGGAUGCAUAAUUGGGGCCGGGAACACCAAAGUAGAGCGCCAGCGCAAUAUCCUGGGCAUCUCGUACCUUAUUAGCAAGCGCAACCUGCGGAAGGAUGUGGAUGCUUGUGCAACCGAGCUGGUUGCAGUUCCUGAGCUGGCGGCUGUGGCGCCAAGUUCCGGCAAGUCCAUACAGGGCGCUCGGCGAGAGCGCUACUUAAGCCUGUAUAUGCGCAGGCCCAGCGCUUGCAGCAGCAGCGGCGAGAGCAGUGAUGGUGACUCUGACGUCACUCUGGUCACCAAGGACGCGGCUGACGUAGACGUCAUUGCGGCUGAUAUCAGCGUGGCUCAGCCGGCAUCCACAGAUGCAAUUCCGGAGGGUGAGAACGCAGGCAAUCACAGUUGCAACAAAAUGGGCUUUUAUAUCGGCAGUACAGCACAAGAGGCGCCAAAUGCACAGCUUCUCGUGCCGCCCUCUAAUGCGGCCUGGAUGCUGCUGCCGUCGCCCAGACGACUGCAUGCCGGCUCUGCUUCGGGCGUUAUGUCUUUGGCGACUAUGUGCGGCGGGAUGCCUAUGUCGCGCCCACUGUUGUUGUCUUCGCCAUCCCUUGCUGGUGCUGAAGAGGAGCAAGUGCUACUGCGGUCCGGUUCGGUGACAACGCUUACUGCAGAUACUGAUGUUUCCAACUCAGGGGCCACUGCACGCUCACCAAGCCAGCCCCAGCGCAGACUGCUGAACGUGGGUCGCAAGCGGAUUGCUGAGGGAAGUCCUGAGCAAGAGCAGAAGAUGAUGCAUCCUGCAGCCAACCGGCUGUCAUUCUUGAGCCUGGGAAUUGGGCACCGGCACCCCAUGAACAAAGGUGACCACAGAAACAGUUCGAGCAGCAGUUGCAAGGGCAGCUUGUCUCUAGGGCGGGUUGCAUUGGCUCCGUCGCAGAUGAAGGAGAUUGAGCAGCGCAAGAUGGAUGCAUGGGCGGCCGACGGUGAUGAGUUUUCGGCAUACGAGUAUGACCUGUCGGGCGCAUACUUUGAGCUCCCCACAAUGCACAUCACAGCGGCUUCCGUCUCGACCCAAUCAAAGUUGUCGGUCGCGGCCACCGCCAGGCGCAGCGGCACCGAAUGUGGCAUUCCGGGGUCACGGCUGUCGUCGACAUCGACGUUUGUUGAUGAGAGCGUGCUCAGCCUCGAGCAGUGCAAGCGAGUGUAUGUCUCCAGCAUGCGCAAGCUGCGGUGGCAGGGCAGCGGCGGCAGGCGGCAGGGAAUCCGGGGGAUGCUGCACAUCAAGAACACGAUGGCCAAGGCCAACGAGCAGUACGUGAUGGUCUCAAAUGGACAGUGCCUGGACGCGUACCAGGUGACGCGGGACAUGCUUUCCGAGUUCUACAUACUGGGAAGCAGCAGCCGGGACACGUAUAGCACCAAUGAUGGCAGCAGCUCUGGGUACCCAGCACGCGCUCGCAGCAUGGCCAGCAUGCGGCAGCACCAGCACCUGAUGCGCAAAUUGCGUCCGGCUAUCUCGGUUGAGGUGUUGGGCGGCCCAGCGGGCGCAGAUGGUUUUGGCUCGAGCCGCAUAGUUACAGCACCGAUGUCGUCGCCUCCGGACCUGACCGACGGAGCUGCUGGCAUUGCCGACAAGGCGGUUUUCCAGGCGUUUGGCGGUGCGCACAUUUCGGACUCGGAGCUUCUUGGGUUUGGUGCUGGCGAUUUGGUGUCGCUGGCGCCUGCGGUCAAUGCUGAACUAUACAUUGGCCAACAAACCUACUACCCCCACAGGCGCAGAAGAGCUGGGCGCCGGUCUGCGAGCGCACACUUUGGUGAUUUGUGCCCUGAAGUGGCGCCAAUGGCUAUUUCUGCAUUGUAA